GCUCAUACGGUUACCUUAUUCCUCCAACCAUAAUAUCCUAGCCACCUCUCUCUCCCUCCUCAUCAAUUCCUGAUUUUUCCUCAAUAAGUGAAAGCUCCGUUACACCCCUUUGCUUCAAAUCCUCCUCCUCGUCGUCGUCACAAGCUUUCUGUAAGGAAUCACAACUCAACUCUGAAGAAGGAAAGGAACAGCAUGACAGAGGAGCAACCUAAAGCUGUUGAGACUCAAUCCUCGUCGGACCCUCCGCCGCCGCCGCCUCAUGAAGAGCCUCCACCACCUCAUGAGGAGCCUCCCCCACCACACCCGCUGCCGCCGCCUCAUGAGGAGCCUCCGAAGGAUGUCACUGAGGAGAAAUCUGUAACUCCUCAACCUCCUUCUGAGGACCUUAAGGCUCUUGCUCUUGUUGAGAAGCCUCAUGAAGCUUCUGAAGAGAAACCAUCUGAAGGUUCUGUGAAUCGAGAUGCAGUGCUGGCUAGAGUUGCAACAGAGAAGAGGCUUUCACUGAUCAAAGCAUGGGAAGAAAGUGAAAAAUCAAAAGCAGAGAACAAAGCGCACAAGAAGUUAUCAGCUAUUUCAGCAUGGGAAAACAGUAAGAAAGCAGCCAUCGAGGCUGAAUUAAGAAAGAUUGAAGAACAACUUGAAAAGAAGAAGGCAGAAUAUGUGGAGAAAAUGAAAAACAAAAUAGCUAUUAUCCACAAGGAGGCUGAAGAGAAGAGGGCAAUUAUUGAUGCCAAGAAGGGGGAAGAUCUUCUCAAGGCAGAGGAAGCAGCUGCAAAAUACAGGGCCACUGGAACCGCUCCAAAGAAGAUCCUUGGCUGUUUCUGAUACUGAAAUCCUAAGAUCUCACAAGAAAACCAAGAACGUUGAAUUGUUGGUGUCUUCUUCUUUUUUUUUUCCUGGCUGAACCGUGGUUAGUGUAUUUUCUUUGACUGUCCAAAUGUCAGUACAGAUGUGUUAUUUGUUGGUGUCAGUACAGGUGUUAUUUGUAUUUGAAUUAUUUGUUGGGGAUUUAGUUGAUGUUCAUUUAUUUUGUGUGCAUAUCAAUGUUGGUGUGAGUGGACUAAUUGCUAUAGACAUGAAAUUCUAUAAUUUAUUUUGUGGUA